GGAAGAAAGGAAGAGGAGAAAAACGACAAGAUAAAGGUAUGUUUGCAUGUCUUGGUAAUGUAAUGUUUGGUGUCGAGGAGAUUUUGAAAAGUUUCCUCAAAUUAGGAAAGUCCCUAAUUAUUGUUGAUAUAUUGUUCCAACUACAUUAGCCUAUAAGAGCAAAUUAGCUAGCUAACGUCAGUACAAAACUAGACAAAUUUCUCUUUUAACCGGUAGGUUAGAUAGCUUACUAUUCAAGCUAACGUUUUUGUGUUUGUGUAUGAAUAAGUUGAUUCACAUAUAUUUAUAUAUAUAUAUACAUACAUAUAUAUAUUCUGGGUCGCUUUUUGGCAUCAGAACGUUUUUGAUAAUGUUUGAUAGCAAAUGUUAACAAACGUUAAUUACAAACGCGGUGACGUUUGCUAGCAGUAUGUUUUUGCAUUAAUGAAUUAACUUAGUUAACUUAUAGUUUGAGAUAUGUUGUUUGCAACUGUUUACUUAAGAGCAUAGUAAUUUAUGUGAAUAAAUAAUCAUAUUCCUUUUACAUUAACUCCCUAUUAUGCUCAUAAGUUAUAUGAAACUUCCCCAGGAGCACUGUUAAAGUAUUUUGGAGGAGGCACUGACUCAGCUCAGGGGCAGUCCACCUCCUCAGGCUCAGCCAAGGCUAAUGAAUCAGGUGAGGGAAAAUCUGUCACCAUAUUUAAUUUCUCGUCAAAUUAUCUCAUUAAGAUAUACUAAUAUAAGAUAUAAUCACAUGACAAGGGACAUGUUUUUCAUCUUAGGUCCAUCUCCAUCCUCUGCUCCAUCCACUGUGCCCACUGUCUCCUCUAUGUCUGCUGCAACCUCAGUUGUACUGGUAACAAAAACAGCCUUUGUAAUUGCUCAGUGUAGAACAUUCUGAGAUGAAUAAUUUUCAAUAUAAGACAUAAUCAUACGAAAAGGGACAUGUUUUUCUGACAAAUGCAUAUUAUUUCAAAACUUCUCAAGCAAUUUUCAGUUAUUCCACUGGCAGAUUGUUUUCUUAUUUCAAGCUAUAGCUGUACUAUUUUUGUUUAGAAAAUAAGCAGCAUCAUUUCAAGUGUAAUGUGACAUCUAACACGACUAGCUUUUGUUGUUGUUUUUCAUUUUAGGUCCAUCUCCAGCCUUCACUCCAUCCACUGUGCCCACUGUCCCCUCUGUGUUGCAGUUUAUUUAAAACAAAAAAUAAUAAAGCAGAUUGUGUUUACAGUAAAUGGUUUAUUUUGUUACUUUUAGUUGGCCUAGAUGACAUUUGGUAUCCCACUUAGUACUAUAUCACUUUGAGUAUUAAGUGUAAAUCAACCCCAGGCUACUCUUGUAGCUGAAUUUGCUACCAUUUCAGAUUAAAAACCAUAAAUGGGUAAACAUGCCAGGCUGUUCUUUGAGGUUUUAUGUAUUGAUUCUCUGUGUGACCAGUAGGGGGAGUUGCUGACUUUGCCAAAUAUUAACUGAAAGAUUUUUCUGCAAGAGCAUAUACCAAGAGCAUGGCAUAGGGCAGGGGGUGUCCUCAUUCCUAAGGAGAAGGAGUCUGUGGACCUUAGCCAGUUCCAGAUGAUUUCUCUUUUGAAUGUAGAGGGGAAGAUUUUCUUUAGUGUAGUUGUGCAGAGAUUAGCUAGCUACUUAGAAAGGAAUGGCUUAAUAGAUACCAUGGUGCAGAAGGCAGGAAUACCAGGUUUUUCAGGGUGUUUAGAGCAUACUAGCAUGAUCUGUCACCAGAUUCAGGCAGCGAAGAUUAACAAAAGGGACCUGCAUGUAAUAUUUUUAGAUCUUGCAAAUGCGUUUGGUUCAGUACCGCAUAGCCUCAAUUAGAUUCAGAGUGCCUCAGGUAGUUGUCAUUUUAGUGCAAGCAUACUUUCAGGAUAUUAGGUUGUGUCUAAGUACGGCAGGUUUCACAACAGGUUGGCAGAGGCUAGAAAUAGUCAUUAUGGCAGGGUGUACAAUUUCUCCAUUAGCAUUUACUAUGGUGAUGGAAGUAAUCAUCAGGGCUUCUAAGUGGGUGGUAGGUGGAUAGAGAUGGCAGAACGGGUUGCAUCUUCCACCAGUUAGGGCUUACAUGGAUGACAUGACACUGGUGACCACAACAAUGCCAUGUACAAAAAGGCUACUAGAGAAGGUAAAUAAGAACCUCAAGUGGGCCAGCAUGAAGAUCAAGCCUAGUAAGUGUAGAAGCAUCUCGAUACGUAGAGGGAAGUUCAGUGAUAGGACGUUUGUCAUAGAUGAUGAGGAAAUCCCAACAAUUAGGGAAAAGUCAGUAAAUAGCGGAGGUAGGUGGUACAAUGUAGAGUUGAAUGAUAAGGAACAGGUGGUGAAAUUUAGAAAAGAUGUGGCAGAAGGAUUGGAUAGAAUAGAUAAAUCAGAACUUCCAGGAAAGUUGAAGUUGUGGUGUUUGCAAUUUGGGCUAUAUCCUAGGUUAAUGUGGCCAUUGUCAAUUUAUGAAAUUCCAAUAUCCAUUGUGGAGAGAAUUGAAAGGUCAGUUAGCUCCUAUAUUAGGAAGUGGUUGGGUGCUCCUAGGUGCCUAAGUAGUGUUGCAUUGUAUGGAAAAGGGAUACUUCAGCUGCCAGUAUCUAGUUUAACAGAGGAAUUUAAAUGUACCAAGGUCAGGACAGAGAUCUUGUUAUCUGGGAGUAAGGACGUGGUAGUUAGGAGUGUGGUUCCAAAUCCAACCAAGGGGAGGAAGUGGAACCCAAGAUCGGCAGUUCAGGAGGCAGAGGCAGCUCUUAGGCAUGCAGAGAUUGUAGGUAAUGUUCAGUUUGGCCAGGGAGGCCUGGGGCUUGGCUCAGGCAAACCGGUAUGGAAUAAAGUAGGGAUCGACCAAUAAUCGGCACUGCCGAUAUUCAGCAUUUUUAUGAUAAUCAGCAUCGGCCGUUUUUUCCACCGAUAGCCGAUAAAAUAUGUUUAUUUUAAUUAAAAUACGCUCCUUUGGCUCUCAUGCAGCCAUCUCUCUCUGCCUGUCUGCCAGAAGUCUCCACUCUGUGCUGUGUAACAAAUGUCCCGCCUACAGCCUCCACUGAUUGGCUACACAGCACAAGUGAGUGACAGCCAAUCAACACUGAAGGUAGCGGCACAGAGAGAGAGGAGGAGAGAGAGGACUGCUCCGUGAAGCAGCAGUGUGAUGUUUGAAGAUGGAUGGAUCAAAGAGGAGGAACAAACCCCAGGAAAGGCAGUGUGUAAUACCUGCAAAGAAAAUGUCAGCAUGGGAAGAGGAACAAGGGCAAAAAUGUUUUAAUACUUCAAACCUGUGGUCCCGUCUUAGGAUCCACCACAGUGACUUGUAUGCAACUGCACAGUCACAGCUGGGGACAACAACUUCAUCUCAGGCAGGGACAACAACUUUAUCUCAGUCUGUAGUACAAGACCUGUUUCAAAAACAAAGAAUGUGGACAAAUUCAGAUCAACGAUCCAAACUGAUUGACAAACUAAUAACAGAAAUGAUAAUCACUGACAACCAGCCAUUCACAGUUGUCUCUGAUGUUGGUUUUAAGCGCCUCAUGGGAGCAGCAGCACCACAAUACUCACUGAAAAGUGAGAAGUACUACUGCACUGAAAUGCUCCCAGAAGUUCACCAAGAGGUAGUUGAGAAGGUAAAAGCCCUGAUCCAACCAGGGAAUGCUGGCCAUGCACCCUCUUUCACUACAGACUGCUGGUCUGGAUCCACAGAGCCUCACAUGUCACUUCACUGACAAUGAAUGGAACAGAAAGCAGGUUGUUUUGAACACAAAGGUAAUGCAUUGAUCCCACACGGGGGGAAUACAUCAGACAGACAUUCCUAGGCAUGCUUCAUGAUUGGAACAUAAACAAAGACCGUGUCACACUUGUGCCUCGAGACAGCGGAGCAAAUAUGGUGAAAGGAAUGAGGCUCGCUGAACUUCCAGAUCUCAGCUGCACAGCGCACUCUUUGCAACUCGUGGUGAAUGAUGGUCUGUCAAGUCAAAGGGCAGUUACAGAUAUCAUUGCAAUCAUCAAGAAGUGUGCCACCCAUUUCCACCACUCGAUUCUUGCCAAGCAACGUUUGAAGGACAUUCAGAAGAACCUUGGCCUGCCACAAUACAACCUAGUCCAGGCUGUUCCAACAAGAUGGAACUCAACGCUCCACAUGCUGCAAAGAGCGCUGGAGCAAAAGCAUGCUCUUAACAUCUACGCUGGUGAGCAUGGAGGAUUUGCAUAUCCUAUUGCUUACCAGUGGGACAUUGUGUCCAAUUUGGUCGAGACUCUCAUCCCAAUAGAGGAAGUGACACUAGAGGUAAGCUCUAACAGUGCAUCAGCAUCCUGCAUUAUUCCCUGUCUGGCCGUGCUGAAGAUGCUACUUCAAGAUGGUGGGCCCUCGACACAAGGCAUCGGAACACUCAUGCAAGCCAUGAGGGAGAGCUUGAUCAAAUGCUUCUCAAAAUUAGAAGACAUGAAAUCUGUGGUGCUGGCAUGUCUCCUAGAUCCUUGUUACAAGAAUCAUGCAUUCUCCUCUGACAUUACGUUGUCCAAGGCCAAAGAAUGGCUGAAUGAGGAUGUGGAAAGUGCGGCAAAACAGAGCAGUCAACAAGAACAUGCUGCUACAGAGGAAGCCAUUAUGGAGGUGACUGCUGCAGAAGUGGUAAGUGACGAAGAGGAAGCUGCUGCCGAAGAGAGUGGGACCCAUGAAAGUGACAGGAGAACCACCAAAAGGCAACGGAGAGAAGACGAAGAGACAUCCUGUAUUCACCGUAUUGAUGAGAUGUUCAGUUCUCUGCCAGGACCCCACACUGGUGAGCCGUUGGCCAAGGUCAGCCUUGAUGAUGAGUUACAACUGUACCUCAAGGAGCCAGUGAUUGACAGGCGUAAGGAGGAUCCACUCCAGUAGUGGAAACAAAAUGAAGGCCGCUUCAAGCUACUUACCACACAAGCAAGAAAGUUUCUUUGCUCACCACCCUCUUCUGUUCCGAGCGAGUGUGUCUUCAGUGAAGUCUCUGCAAUUUAUGAGAAGAACAGAAGCCGUCUCACAGGAGAGCAUGCUGAGCAGCUCUGCUUUCUGCACCACAAUCUGGUGAUAUUGGAUUGGGCCUACUAACUGAGACUCAAAUUUCAGAACUGUACAAUACAGUUCAAUUUUUACUUUAUUGAUUUUAUACAAAUUCAGGGAGCUAUUUUAUUUAUUUCAGUGAUCUUUUAUAAAUGCUGCUAGAAUGUCCCUGCACUUUUUGUCUUUAGGUAAUUUAACAUAUUGCUUAAAGGCAUUUCAAGUGAGAUUUGUAUUCGAGUUUAACAGGAAAUGUCUCACAGGAGAGCAUACUGAGCAGCUCUGCUAUCUGUGCUACAAUCUGGUGCUACUGGAUUGGGACUAAUAGCUGAGACUCAAAUUUCAGUACUACAGUUCAUUGUUUACUUUAUUGAUUUUAUACAAAUUCAGGGAGCUAUUUUAUUUAUUUCAGUGAACUUUUAUAAAUGCUGCUAGAACAUCCCUGAACGUUUUGUUUUUAGAUAAUUUAACUUAUUGCCGAGACUCAAAUUUCAGUACUGUACAGUUCAGUUUUUACUUUGAUCUUAUAAAAAAAAUCAGGGAGCCAUUUCAUUUUCAGUGAACUUUAAGAGAUCUCUGCACUUUUUGUUUUUUACAUAAUAAAACAACCAACCAUUUCAACCAAGAUUUGCGUCAGAGUUUGUGUUAUUCUACAAAAGUUUAAGGUCUUUUAUCACAGAUUUUCAGUGUAUAAAAACAAACAAACAGUAUACUGUUUUUUUUUAGUCUAAUCCCAGGUGUGUUAUUCUAAAUUUUGACACCAAAAUUGUAAUUUUUACUGCAAAUGAAUAUCGGUUCUAAAUAUCGGUUAUCGGUUUCCUUGACUACUAAUAAUUGGUAUCUGCCCUAAAAAAACCCAUAUCGGUCGAUCCCUAGAAUAAAGCAGGUCUCAAAGAUAAAAGAAAGCUGAUCGUGGAACAGAUACGUAGACAGGAGGAGAUAGUAAGGGGUGCAAAGGUAGUGGCCCAGGCUAAACAGGGACAGUGGAGAAGAGGAAGCUUAGUUGGAGGGACCUUUGGAGUAUGGAGGAGAAUUGCAUUACAUUCCUGGUAGGGGCUACAUAUGAUGUGCUGCCAACCCCCCAGAACCUAAAACUGUGGGUAAAUGAGGACCCAUCAUGCCCAGUGUGUUCAGGUACCGCAACCUUAAAGCAUAUUUUGUAAGGCUGUAAAGUUAGCUUGUCACAAGGCCGAUAUACAUGGCGACAUAACCAGGUGAUGAAAUGUUUAGCUGCAGGCAUCGAAGGGAAACGAAGACAGGUGAAUUCAGAAGGUGUUAAAAAUAGGAGUUUAGUAAUUCAGUUUGUCCGUGAGGGAGAGAAAUACAGAAGGGAUAAGUUAGUAAGGAGGCAAGGGUGUGGCCACCUAGAAGGUGCUUGUGAUUGGGAAAUGCAAGUAGAUUUAGGGGGAAAGCUUGUUGUUCCCCAGGAAAUAGUUUGUACCAAGCAGAUGCCUGACAUAGUGUUGUGGUCAGUGAGUCAACGGAUAGUUUAUUUCAUUGAGCUGACAGUUCCUUGGGAAGACUCAGUGCAAGAAGCCUAUGAAAGGAAAAAGCUUAGAUAUGCAGACUUAGGAGCAGAAGCUGAGCAGAGAGGAUGGAAAACUAGGAUUUGUCCAGUGGAAAUGGGGUGUAGGGGAUUCAUAGCAAUAUCAGCUGUCUCGCUCCUGGGAGAACUCGGAGUGCGGGGACAGAGUUUGAGGAAGACAGUGAAGGAAAUGUCAGAUGAAGCAGUUAGAUGUAGUCAAUGGAUCUUGAAGCGAAGAAAUAAUGUCAGUUGGGGGCCAGCAGGGGGAACUACUAAGCAGGGUACAUAACUCCUUGAGAUCAGGUGGAGAGAUCCACUUCCUCUCCAGGAAGGAAAUCCAGGAAGAGGAAGGUUAUUUAAGUGAGGGAGUGGCCUAUUUGAAUCCAUUUUGUUUGAGACCAUGUUGCAAGGUGAGUGUGUUUGCUGAUCCUGUAAGUUUAUUUAUCUCCUUUAACUUUAGCUUAUAUUGUAGUUAUGCUAUUUAGCGUGUGAAAUAGAGCAUGGUGAAUGUGCUAGGAAAGGUAAUAUCAGCUCUGCUUCUACCUGGAGCUUGCAUGUACGGAGCCUGGGUUUGGUUGAAGGUGGCGGUGCUGUUUGGGCUGAGAAAGCCAUGUGUAAGUAAGGUAAAGGAAGUUAUUGGGUUGGUGCGGGGAGCAGUGAGACCUGGCAUUGGGGGAGUGUCUCUGGGACACCAGAGAUCACUGUCUAGCCUCCUGGAGGUGUCGUGGGACCAACUAGACAAAACACUGGUGAAAGGAGGUUCCCACCAGAUGACCCUAAAGACAUGUUAGUUAUCACUGCUCACUGGUCUGUAUAGUUAAGCCUUGCCAUAAUAGCUUAUCAUAGGGCUUAGGAGGUUAUUCACUGAGUGCUGAUCCUUUCUCUAGAGCACAAACUUCUUGUGUUUAUUUGAAUGCAAGUUUGCAAAUCUUUUGUCUGCUUCCAUGGCCUUAAUCACUGUGGAUUACAAUCUCUACAACAAAAAGUUCUCACAUCUAGUUUUACAAGUGUAUCCGUAAUGACAGAGUAGGACAUGAAAUAAGUUAUAGUAGUCCAACCUGUAGCUACUUUAAUUGGGAUGGUACAUACAUGUAAGAUCAAUAGAAGCUGAAUAAAAGUCUUCUAACAGCAAGACAGAAUAUUUGGUAAUGCUGUGCUACUAAGCUUCUUGUUUGUUUUUAUUCGUAAUGAAUUUGUUUGAGAUGAGCACACUUUCAGGUAGCAAACAGAAUGUUAAUAAAGACACAAAAUCCUCAAAUGUUCUCGCUAAAUGUUUCCACUUCUACCAGAUUGGAAACUUCUUUUUCAAGGGAGACCUGAGCAAGGGGGCAACAGAAAAAGCUGUAGAAAAAAGCUAUACAGAUCAGGCAGAGGUAACACAACACUAAAAGGCAGAUAACAAUAUUAAAAAGGCUAGAAUGAACUAAGAACAGAGACAAUCAACAAAUGAGUUAUUUACCAUCAAAUUUACAAUAGUCUUAAAUGUACAAUAUGCAGUUUUCUGCUGCUAGGCAUCUGUCAAUCAAAACAAUAACAAAAGGUGGAGCACUGCCAUCACUGCUGUCAGUUUCUCCUGGUUUCACUGGUUCCUGAUUCUUUCAGUGUUUAUUGUUCAGGAGGUUUUUCAUUGGAAUUGAAUUAUCUGCAGAGGUCUCUUUCUUUCCAAAACAAAAAGACCGGGUGAUUAAAAUCUGUAAAAAUACUGAAUAAAUCACUUUCAAGUGAAAAAUCAGUGUUUCUCUCAUGCUGUUCUGCUCAUUGCAGAGGGACUGCUAGCCCACCACCUCCUAAUCUCACCUUUUUUUCUCCAGUAUCUAAAGAUCCAGAUGUUUGAUGACUUAAAAUCCUUUAUCAGGUUAAAACAUAUUUUUAAAAAUGACCAAGAUCUGAGAAGUGUAUCAUAAAAAUGUGCCUCAAAACUAGAUAAAACGUCAAUCUAUGAGAGCUUCUUGCAGACAACCUCAACCCUGAUGCAUGUGCAAAGGGGAUAUGGCACCACUGACAGAUAACAGCGAUGAAAUGACAUGGAGCGUGUUCUUAAUUAAAAUAACGUAUUUCUUUGGGUUUGAAAAUUGUCAGAAACAUAUGGAAUAAUGUAAGUACACAACUCAACAAAAUAUGUAACAUUGGUUUAGUCUUUUUAAGACAUUUUAAUAAGGAAAAGCUUCAUAUUAGCCCAUAUCUUUAAAUUUGGCCAGACGCCAAAUUCCUCUAUUUAAAUUCCAUCUGCAGAAGGAACCCAGCAAAGCAUGCAGGCCUUGGCUCCCAUCUCAGCACAUACAUUAUAAACAGGCUGUAUUUUCAUCAUGUGGAGAUCAUGUUUUCCUCAAAUACAAUAAAUAAUUGGUCACAAUAAAGCUACUGUUGAUUCCCAGUUACUUGAAAGCCCAUUACAACUUUCAUCUUGACAAAACAUGAUUAAGCAGAGAGACCUCUACUGU